AUGAUCCAUGACGAAGAUAUAAAAAAUAUCAUGAUUGAGAAAGCAAACGCCAUAAGAUGUAGACUUCUUAACGAACUAAAUAUUUCAAAAUUUCAGACCACAAAACUACAUAAAGAGGAAAAAGAGUUAUCAGGAAAGCUAAAUGAAAGCUCAAAAGCUGAUCAAAAGCUUCUCAAAAAUCGAAUCAGUUGCUUGAACUCGGAACUUCAGCAUGUACACUCAAUAAAAUGUGAAAUUGAGAAAGAUCUCAAUGAUCUUGAAUAUAAUACGUCACUCUUACAGAUUCAAGAGUCUUUUGAUAUAACCAAGAAUCACAAUGGUCUCUAUGAUACCCCAAUUUCCUCCAAACCUUAUAUGACGGAAAAAUCUAAAAAAUCUGUUCGUCAAACUCGAAGAGUGAAGAAAUCAGAUGUGCACACACAGUUUUACUGCCGUAAAAUCGAUAACAAAGAUGGAAUUUUUGAAGACUCAGAUCAAGACAGGCUUAAGCAUAAUCUGACAAUUAACAGAAUCACUUCACUGUCCUCUUUACCUCAAAACGAUGAUACUGAAAGGAGAAUGAGGUCAGCAGCAGCUCUGAAAGCAUCCAUUGAGGAUUCUAAAACCAUCAUGGCUAUUGUCCAAGCUAAACACAGAGCACACCAAAAUUCCUUGUUAAUGGAAGAAAAAGGCCUAUGUAUCCAAGCAGAACAAAAUCUAAAGGACGAAAAACUUGAACUGGCAUUGCAUCGUAGAUUAGCCAAUAUUGAGGCUCACCAGACAGCUUUCAAAGAGUCACAAAAUAGGAAGUAUAGGGAAAUAAUAGCUAAACUUUUACGUGAAGAAUUUUUGCAAAAGGAGAAAGUGAAACGACUCACACUGACCCCCAGAGAAAACGAAAAUUAUAAAUGCCCUCAAUACCUAGAGUAUAGUGAAGAACCAUCGAAACUUGAACAACAUAUGAUUGAUGAAUUUGUAAAACAUCAGAGAAAAGAUGAAGCAGUAAUAAAUUCAUUGGAGAAUAAUUUUUCUGUAGAAACGGAACAAAAUGAUGAAAAUGACACUGAAUAUGAAAAAUAUUUAUCACAGUCCUAUGACUCAGUAUCUGGCUCAUUAGAUUCCUUUUCGAAGCAGCAGAACAUAGUUACGGAGGACAAUGUAAAUCAAGCAAUUUCCAGUUUUGUUUCUCGUGAUACCAUGAAGUCGUCCUCUGCUAAAAGCCAUGUGCUGACUAUUUCAACAGAUCGUGUCUUACUGAAGUUAACUAACAGAUCAUCUACAAAACUAUCAGAAAUUGAUAAUGCGAUAUACGACAAGGAAAAAGAACAUACUAACUGUAAUACAUAUCAUACGGAAAGAUGUUCGAAAGCUGAAAAGGAAAUUUUACAACGUGUUCUACAGCAAACUCGUGAAAACAUUGUACAACCUCAAAUUGUGGCGGGGAAAAAAUUUGAUGGUCCAAGUUUUAUAGCCAAGCCAGCUGAAAUAUGGUUUCAGAACAUCGAAGUAGACAAAACUCAAAAAAUUAAAGUUACGCUAACUAAUGCUUCAUAUGCUAUUAGUACAUGUAGAUAUGUUGGAAUAACAUCAACCCUUAUGGAUUUUGUAGAUGUGAAGUUCAUUCCACCAGGUAUGCUUUCGCCUGGGAUGAAUUGUUGGCUUCAGAUCAAAUUUACUCCAAAACUAAAUAAAAAUUUAACUGGUGAACUAGAAUUUUUAUCUCCAACUGGACCAUUCUUUAUUCCGUUUAAAGCAACUGUAAAAAAAUGCGAGUUUACCAUAGAUUGUAAUGUGGUGAAUUUCGGUGAAGUUGUUAUUGGUGAAACUGUCUUUCGAAGUGUAAAACUGUGUAACUCUGGUGCAAAGGGUGCUAGAUUUACCUUCAAAGGAUUGUCUGAAAGUUACAAGGAAAAGGAUAGUGAUAACAUCAAAGAAGGUUCACAAGAGACUAUCAAUGCAAAGAAGGGUAUCGAUGAAUCGAUUAAGAAUGAUGAACCGAAAAUCGAUGAAAAGAAUGAACCUAAUACUCAGGAAAGAGAAUCUGAAAACAUUCUAUGUGAAAUGGAAGAACAUCAAAACAAUAAUCAAGAUAAAAAUGAAAAACAUCAUUCUACUUUUAACAAAUUUUCAUCUAAUUUUAUAUCUGGUGAAUUAAAAUCCGGAUAUUUAGAACCAUUCUCUUCAGUUAACUUAAAAAUUAUUUGGAAUCCUAAUAACAUUUCUGUCAAUAUUGAUGAAUGUAUUAUGGAAGAAGAAAAAUUUAUUAUUAAUUUUGAUGAUCCUGAUAGUUCAGAUAUUUAUAUACAUGCUUUUGGUUAUCCUAAAAAUAUUCCUGUGUGGUUAUCAACGUCCAAUUUAUCUAUGGGAAUAUGUUGGUUUAAUCGACUUUAUCAAGAAUGUUUUGCUGUACAUAACAGAACAAAGUCUGCUCUCAAAGUUGUAUUUGAAGUUGAUAAAGAAAUUUCAAAUCAUUUAAAAGUUUUACCAAAAACUGGUUUUGUUCAAGCUGAAAGUCGAUUAUUGGCUCAAGUAAAACUGUUGCCAAAACUCAGUUUACCCGAUGAUCUUGCACACUUCUGUGAUCCAGAUAACAGUAAUUCUCAUGCAGAAAGUGAGAACGAAAAAUGUCUCUCAAAGUUAUCAUAUGAUUCCCAAACAGGUGUACUUCAAGUACCAGUUACUGUCCAUGUUGUAGGUCAAACUAACAAACUAAAGUUUAUAGUUGAUGCUGUAAUUACAACAACAGAUUUAGUCCUUUCUCCAAAUCCAAUCAACUUCGGUUUUGUUGAAAUUCAUGAAACUGUGGUAACACGACUAUCAAUAACAAAUAAUAGCUUGCUACCCCAGAAUUUUGGAAUUGUCGAACUGCCUGAGUUUGUUGAUAUUCAACCAAAUGAUGGUUUUGGUAUUAUACUUGGAAAAGAAACAAUUGAAUUGGAAGUAUUGUUUCAACCAAAAAAAGCAAAAGAAUAUCAUUUCGUUUUAGUUUGUAAAUCGGGUAUUGGACGUAUCUUUACUACAGAAUGUACUGGUGUCGGGGUUUACUCACCGUUAAGUUUAUCUACUAAUCAACUUUAUUUUAAUCCUACACCUAUCAGUGAAUCAAAUACAACCAAUUUAAAAAUUCACAAUCACCAUACUUCAGCUAAUCCUUUUACUCAUGUACAACCAUGUAUUGGUACAGAUACAAAACCUGUUCCAGUAGGACCUAGAGCAUUUGAACUCCAAGUUGUAAAAGCUACAAUCACUAAUUCUUAUGGUUUAAUUGCAGGAGAUAAUCUAUCAAAUGAUCUGUUGGAAUCAAUUUUAUCAAACUUGAUUAGUUUUUAUCCAGCUACUGGAACACUAAACCCUGGAGAAAGUCAACAAAUAAAUAUACGUUUUUCACCGUGCUUAAAUAAACAAUGUAUACAGAGAGAAGCAAGUCGAUUGUGUGAUAUAGAUAAACAAAAACGAAAAAAAGAACAAUCCCUCGUAAAUGAAGAAGAUAAAACUGUAAAACUUAAUAAGGCAAAUCAACCUGUUGCAAAAGCGGGUCAGAGUACACCUAGUAAAAAAGACAAGAUUGCAGACAAAAAAACGUUGAAAAUCCCCGAUGAAAAGACAACCUCGGAAACUGUUACAUUCAUCCUCCCAACAGAUCCAGACUCAAUAAACGAAGGAAGUGAUGAAUAUACUAAAGGAUUUAACUCUUUACUGACCUAUUACCCAUAUUAUCCACCUACUUUCUCCAGUAAUCAAAACGAAUCAGAAGUGGAAUUUUCUCAAUCAUUAACAGAAGCAAAUCAGUUGUCUGUGAUUAAAUUAGGCGAGCAUACAUGGCCUGGAGUUCACGUGGUUUAUCGUGUAGCAUGUUUUGUUGGUGAUGGACCGGGCUCAGAUACUGCAGCUAAACCCUCUCCCACUUACAAGAAAGAAAAUACAUUAUUUUUUGAACUGAUAUGUCCGAUAAUAAGACCAGCUUUACUUAUUGAAUCCAAUAAAAAUUAUAAUCAACUUGAUUUUGGUGCGAUCUGCGCUGGUCAGCGUAAUAUUCGUAUUUUGACAAUUAAAAAUAUCAGUUCGUAUUCCCUAAAGCUCAAACCAAAACCGUUAAAUCCAGUAGGAGCCUUCGAAAUAAUCCAAUUUAAAGAGUCUAUUAAAUCAGGUGAAAUAUGCAGUUUAAGUUUUGCUUUCACACCGAAUCCACAACAAACUUAUUGUACAGAAAUAUUUACAUUAGAUGCCUACCCAAUAGACAAUAAAAUCAUGAAGAUAAAUGUUAAUGAAUUUUGUCCUAUACAUGUGAAAUUUUCUGGUAUUUGCGUGACACCAACAGUAGAACUUAUUGGUCCACCUGAACUAGCAAGUAUACCUUAUUCGUUACAAAAGACAGAACAACAAAGUCUGACAAGUAAUCUAAAGCAGACAACUCAUUAUCUUAAUUUCGGUUAUAUUUUACUUGGUGGAUUCAUUGAACGACAAAUAACUCUUUCUAACCCUACAAAUAUAACAUUAAGUUUUCAAAUACAGAUUGAUGAAAAUCAAACAGGUGGGUCACGAAAUCUAAAUGGCUUACCCGUAUUCAUGGUUUUACCAAAUCAAGGGAAAAUCAAGCCGGGUGAUAAACAAGUCGUUUCUAUCACAUUUUCACCUGACCAUGAUAGUGAAGCAUACCAGCAAACUUAUUUGAUAACACUUCAUUCACAAAUAUAUAAUUCACAUAAAUUAAUUCUUACUGGAGCAUGUAAACAACAUAACUUGUAUAUCCGUGGUGGUGACCGACUGGACAAUACUAAUGAUAUACUUUUUACAAAUGUACAAAAUGAUUUUCUUGGUGUACAAUUUUUAACUGAAACAAAAGAAUCCAAAACAACAUCCUAUCUAAUAAUAACUGGCCAACAAUCCUCUUUAGUAAGAGAGGAUUCGAAUACAAAUAGUGAAAUGGAACCAGUUGAAAAGGAGGAUACAGAUAACCUACCAACUAAAAAAGAAGUGAAACAUAAAGAAACUCCUGCUAAAAGAAUUUUAUACGCUGGUUAUGUUCACUCCUCAAGUAGUGGUACAAAAAAGAGUGGUGAAUGUACAAUAGAAAAUUUAAAUGAAUUAUCCUCUCUUGGAUUUACUGUUAGUCCAACAAAGCUGAUUUUAGAACCAGGAACUGAACAACCGAUUAUAUUUACUUGGACUCCUAAUCCGGAUGUGAGAACUGGAUCGAAUGUGAAGUCAACUGCUAUAAUCCAGCUCCGAUCUGAUGUGACUACAAAUCAUCAAGUCUUGUUGAGAGGUGUUUUGUGA